AAAUAUUGCGGAUACCACGAAAAUGUGGUACAUUGAUGUUGUCGUUGUCGUCGUCGUCGCCGUCAUCGUCGUUGUCGUCGUCGUUGCAGGCGCUGAGCAGAACAGGUUUCAAAGUUGUAGAUUAGCAGCAGUCAGGAGUGAUGAUAUAGGAUGGACCAGAACGACAAUGGUGUCAGUGUCGGUGGCGGAGGCGCGGAAUUUGCCAAACUGUAUCUAUUAUUCGCGCGCUGCGGUUGGUUCCCAGAAAUGCUGUGUUCUUUUUGUAUUGUUUUUGUUUUUGGUGUGGCUUUCUGCGCGCCAGCUUCUUUUGCGCAAAGGAAUUUGUGCGAUUAUGGCUAACAAAGUUGGAGCACAACAAGUGAAAUGGCCAGCCGAGAUUAACACCUAUACACAAAGGCAGGGUAGGCGCAUAAAAUCACUGCAUGCAAUGGAAGAUGCAGAACGCAAGCGACGAUCACGAUUGCCAUUUCCAAUUUAUUUUUCGAACUAAAAAAUGGACCAAAUG